AUGAGGCAAGCAAGAACGUAUUCGGGCAUACUGUCGGGUGGAAUAUCUGGGAGAACAGGGCCUCAUUUGUUGCCCUUGGCAAGGAUCAAGAAGAUCAUGAAGAAGUCUGGCGACGAUGUUAAGAUGAUAUCUGGGGAGGCUCCGAUUGUUUUCUCCAAGGCUUGCGAGCUGUUCAUCGAGGAGCUUACGCAAAGAUCUUGGAUGGUCACAAUGCGAGGCAAGAGGAGAACGCUUAACAAAGAGGAUGUUACCUCAGCUGUUAUAGCUACUGAUAUAUUUGAUUUUCUUCUCAACUUGGUAUCGGACACUGGAAACUCUGUGGAAGCUGCUCCUUUGGAAAUGGAUAUUUCCAAAUCAUCAUAG